ACGAGAAAAUGUCGCGAAAGGUUAGUUGUGUAAGAUGCGAUCUAUCGCACAGCGGUCCACCAGCGUUCUUGCUCACCUGUUCUGAGUGUCGUAGAGCCUGGCAUCAUCGUUGCCACGUACCUCCCGUCGAAGAUGCGGAGCUCAUUCAACGUAUCAGGGCGACGACUGAGCAUGAUAUUGAUAAUGGGCUAGAGAAGUGGGUGUGUAAACGUUGUAAGAAGAACAAGGGGAAGGUACCAGCUCAGCGGGAGAUGAGCAGCAGCAGCUCGGGGCAGACCUCGGUUACCAUGGUGGCAAGCGAACGAUCAGCGUCUAUGCAAAGUCUAAAAUAUCCGGAGCCUGAUGCGCCUGAUGAGCCUUCUUCGGUGGUGGCAGCCCCUGAAAAGGUCCUUGCAUCCAAGCCCACUCUCCAAGCGCAGUUUUCUUCGAUAAGGCUGUCCAGUUCAGUCCCAUCAACCCCAUCAUUGCCACGUUCCACAUCAUAUAAAUCGAUCCAUGAACCAGACAGGGCGACAUUGCCUCACCCCUAUCCCAGUGAUAUCGCAAGGCCAUCACCAGGCCCUGGGUCCGACCAGUGAUACACGUCAACCAGAACUUUCAAUGUAUCCACCAGUAACAGUAACACAGCCUGCUACUAU